AUGGUCCGGUCCGAGUCGACCAAAGAGCCGUCUGUGGCCCUGGAGCUGGACGAGGUCCAGGUCUGGUCUAGAUUCUGGCUCCAAACUGUCCCCUGUGACCAUCACUAUUCUGCUUCUAAAAAUGACAAACCAGGACAAAUCGAUGCUCAGGCCACAAAGUCCAAACAAACAAACACACAGCUUCAGUUUGGGAGUCAUGUUCGUCCGCACGCUGCUCUUCGUGUUCGCUCUUUUCUUCAGCGUGGAGCAGCUCUGGGCCUCAGCUCACGAUGUCCAGAGUCCAGCAGGGGGCAGAGUGGUGCAGCUGCGGUUGGAGGUGGACGCUCCAGAACCCAGGAACCUGUCGUUGGGGGCACUGUGCUGAUCACCUGCUCCACAGACCAGGACCAAGACCAGGACCAGGACCAGUCCAGGACCAGACUCCGACUGGUCCACACCACACUCGGGUCCAUUCAGGUGUUGGCGUUUGGUUCUCCGGGGCCCCUCUCCUUCACUCUGGGCCCCGUGACUCUGGAGCACAGGGGCCUCUACAGCUGUGAGGCUGACGGACCCGACCAGAACCAGAACCAGGACCAGAACCAGGACCAGGACCAGGACCAGGAGACUACAGUGAAGUCAGACCACAGGCUCAUAUGGGUCCAGGACCCGGCGGCGGAGGUGACGGUGAACUUGUCUCGUGUUCAGAGAGCUCACUUUUUUCACGGUAAAACUCUGACGGUGAGCUGUGAGCUGCCAGCAGGGGGCGCCGCCGACUGGAGGAUCCUCAGUGCGAGUGAGAAGGAGGGGGCCGUGUCUGAGUGUCCGCAGCAGCAGCGCUCGGGGAACCUCCUCAGCUGCUCCGUCUCCUCCUCUUUAUUCCCACAAAAAAAUCGACUCUUCAGCCUCUUCUGGUGCGAGUCGUCCACAGGCCUGAAGAGCAACGUCCUCAACCUCACAGACGCCGAGAUAAAGGAGCAGCAGAGCCGUCAGUUCUUUGUGACUCGGUUUACCGUGGGUCCGGCCUGGUUCCUUCGGGCCGGAGACUCUGUGACGUUUUUCUGUGAAGUGAAAAAAGACGAUCACCAGAACAGCCAGAAGAACCAACUGCAACUGCUGCACACGCACAUGGACUCCUCCAACAUCACGGUGGUCUUGAGCCAACCCGCCACUCGUCCUAUAAACUUCACCGUGGACUCGGUUUCCCAUGAGCACCGGGGAGUGUGGACGUGCUGGGACGACGGGGCGGAGCCUCGGGUGCUAAACCUGCCCUGGCAUCACUUCCUGUUGGUCCAAGACGACUCGGCUCCGGUCGCCGCGGUAACCAUCGACGUCCUGAGCCACAACAGAACCCAGUUCCUCCACAACGAGCUGAUGACGGUGGGCUGCAGACUGCCCCAGGGCGAGUACGACCGCUGGAGACUCAUGAGGGCGUGUAAGUGGACGGGUAUGGUGGACGUGUGCCCGGGGGCGCGUGUGUCGGGGGGCGUCCUGAGCUGUUCUCAGAGGAUGGGGUUUCCCUGGAGCGACUGGCUCUUCUGGUGCCAGAACCACCUGAACCAACAGAGCAACGUCCUGAACAUCAGCAACACCGUGAUCCACAGCGUCCUGGAAGCUCCGCCUCUUCCUGUGAUGGAGGGCGAUGACAUCACUCUGCGCUGUUUAGAGAAAGACCAAAAAACGGGCGUCAUCAGAGCGGCGCCGGCGUUUUACAAACACCGCGGACGAACCAUCAGUUGGAGCACUGGGGAAAGUUUCACAGUGAAAAACGUGACUAAACUGGACGAGGGUUUGUACAGCUGCAGAGUGAAAAGUGACGUGACGACAGGAGAAAGUUACAUCACUGUGACAGCUCGGCCUCAGAAGAGCGACUAGAGCCUCCAGUCUGCAGCUCCACAUCAAGUCAGGUCAAGUCAGGUCAAGUCAGGUCAAGUCAGAUGAACUGACAUAAAUCAGAUGAAUGGUGUUAGAGUCGUGUCUCGUGUCGUGUUGUUCGUGUCUCAGGUUGAACUGGACUCACGUCUGACUCUGUAAAACUCAUCAUUUAUAUUUGAAUCAGGUUUUAUGACCAGAUGAACCGUCUCCAGACGUUACACAUUUACAACACUUAAAUGUCAUUGACCUACUGACUCCACAUCCGGAUUUUAUGAGCCUUUUUUACUCAGGAGCCUCUUUCUCCAUCCGUACUGAUAAACGUGGACGAUGCAGACUGUGAAAGAACGACUC